GAGACUACAGAGGGGAAACCUUAGAGUGGGAAAAAAGAAGGAUCAGCAGAGGCCAUGGGAUCGUCGCAGCUCCUCAACCUCACAGUACCCCACCCUAACUCGCCCCUGACUCGCCCCGUUUCGGCUCAGCCCUCCACCGCCCGGGCUCGACCUCUACUUCGCGACUGGGCUUCCUUGCAGAAGGGACUCAAGUGCAAGGGCAGAUUUUCUUGCCUCUUCUCGGACAAUCGUCGAGAGGAACAAGCGAGGAAAGCGUUAGAAGGUGCAUUAGGAGGGAAGAAAAGCGAGUUUGAGAAAUGGAACAAAGAAAUCAAGAGGAGAGAAGAGGCAGGAGGAGGAGACGGUGGUGGAGGAGGUUGGUUUGGAUGGGGUGGACGGUUCGGUUGGUCCAACGGUGACGAUUUCUGGCAAGAAGCACAGCAAAUGGGUCUCACUAUUUUAGGUAUCAUUUGUAUGUACCUCAUCAUUGCCAAAGGGGAAGUACUGCUCGCUGUCAUCUUCAACCCACUGCUAUUUGUUCUUCGAGGAGCAAGAAACAGUUUAACUUUCGCAACUUCCCAAAUCCUGAGAAGGAUAUCGCCAAACACUUAUGCUCAAUUGGUCACUCCACCUCAGAAGGAAACUUACACCCGUGUCUCUGCUAAAGAGGAAGUAUUAAGAAAAUGGGGUAACAAUUGACUUUUCUGUUGAGGUUUCAAUUUCUCAUCUCAUCCUUCAUCUGUUGCUUUUUUUGCCAAAUCUUUUUCCAUACUGUCUUUUGACAUGCGGAAAUUGUGAUGGGUUAUCUUUUGGAAGAGUAGAGUUAGAUGAGCUCGUUUGCUUCUGUUGAAGAAAAGAAGUGAAAUGGCUAUAUUAGGAUGAGAUAGUAUCAAAGCACAGGCUUUUGGAUCUAUGACCUGGUAUCUGAAAUGCCCUUUCUAUAAGCUCACAGUGCAGAAUUUCGAUAUUUAAUGGAUAGGAAAUUUGGAUGAGAUCAGAAAUUGCUCAAGAAUACCCUUGUUGUACCAAGUUGCUGAUGAGAAUAUUUGUUACUUGCAAUUUGCUGGAGCUUCAUUAGAACAGCUUUCUUGUUUGAUAGAUCCAAAUGAUCGUGCAUUGGUGUCACUUGUUUUGGAUUAUCAUGUGUGAGCAGCCAUAUUAAGAAUCUUAUACUAGACAGUGCCUUCUCCCUGCAAUCUGGCUGAAGAAGACAAUAUAAUGAAGUAUAACAAGCGAUGCUGUGGUCA